UGUCCCGGCGCCCGCUCUCCCCCGGUGCCUGCGCUGCCCUCCCAGCCCCCACCCCAACCCACAGCCAGGCCGAGGAGCCGGCCGGCUAGCGGUGUCUGAGUGACCUCCGUGCGCUCCCGAGCCCGGCUGUGCCGGGUGGGCGACUUGGGUGCAGUUUGUCAUCUCCUUCGUCUUCCCCUAACUGCCUCCACCAGGCAUCAUGAGGUUUCUUAGUGACUUUCUCACACCUUUUGAUGCCUCCAAAGAAGAAAUGCAUCCGCCAGGCCCGCAAGGCACAACUGCAGUUCCUUGAAACUCCAAGAGAGGGCCCUAUACAUCACUAUGGAUCUCCACUGCCUUUGGCUGAGAACCCAAGACAUGUUUCUAUCAAACCUCUAGACCAGAAUGCCUCCAUCUCAUGGGUGUCCCCACAGUUUGAAAGCACUGUGUCAACAGGCUUCAAGAGAUGUAAGAAGCAGCGCCAUGUUGCCCACAGCUUCCAGAGCCGGGAUGAUAGUCGUGGUUUCCUCCAUGUGGGAGGAGUGUGUCGGAAACAAACAGUCUGCAAAUUUCCUCCUUUAACGUUUGAGGCUCCACAGGCACACCCCUAUGCUGCAGCAACAGGGUACUCGGACUCUUGUGGUAACCCAGGUAACUGUGCAAAGACAUGCUAUAUCCAGCCAAAGAGGGGCACUGCAGCAAAGCCCAGUACCUCAAUGGGCAAGCCUAAGAGCUGUAGAAAAGGGGCCUCUCAGUUUCCUAAACAGGAUGCUGAGCCAGAUGUCUUCAGUCCACCAGAUCUACGGACUCCAGAGCUGCCCUCUAUAAGAAGCUAUGGAUGCAGUAGUACUUUGCCACAGAUGAACACCCUCUCUCCGAAUCCACAUAGUGUUCUUGAUCUCUGUGCUGAUACCACUGAGAGCCUUGAACCAACAACUGUACUGGUCAAGGAUACUCCAGAGCAUGAGUACGGAGUGAGGGUAACAUGGAGAAAACGGUCUCACGUGAUGAGAUACCUGAGGGAGAAGGGGAUGCUGAGCCCAAGUGACAUCCUAGUGAAGACUGUAAAUGCUGAUCCCAGUCAGUGCUGAUCCCUUUAGAAAAG